UACUUCUUGAAAAUGAUGUUUGAUGUAGAAAUCAUUUCCAAAGAGGUGACCAUUCCUCUUUUAGCUUUGGCGAUAGUUUUUGUUUUUGCAAAAGCAUUGGGAAACAGGAACAAAAAGCAGAAGUCUCCUCCAGGCCCAUGGCCAUUCCCCAUAAUAGGGAAUCUUCUUCAACUUGGAGAUCAUCCUUAUCUUACAUUUAUGGAGAUGAGGAAGAAAUAUGGUGAUGUAUUUCUUAUCAAACUGGGAAUGGUCCCAGUGGUUGUGGUGAAUGGUGUAGAAAUGGUGAAGAAAGGCCUACUCAAAGAUGGAGAGAAUUUUGCUGGCAGACCCCACAUGCAUACAUUUUCUUUCUUUGCUGAGGGCAAAAGUCUUUCAUUUUCAGUCAACUAUGGAGAGAGUUGGAAACUCCAUAAGAAAAUUGCCAUAAAUGCCUUAAGAUCAUUUUCCAAAGCAGAAGCAAAAUCUUCUACUUGCUCUUGUAUCCUGGAAGAACAUGUCACUGAAGAAGUUUCUGAACUGGUAAAAGUCUUCACAAAACUGUCAUUGAAGCAAGGCAGCUUUGACCCUAAAAAUUCCAUUACUUGUGCUGUUGCUAAUGUUGUCUGUGCCUUAUGCUUUGGCAAGAGGUAUGACCACUAUGAUGAGGAGUUUCUCAGAGUGAUUAAAACAAAUGAAGAAUUGCUGAAAGCCUCCAGUGCAGCUAACCCAGCUGAUUUCAUUCCGUGUUUUCGCUACCUCCCACUGCGUAUCAUAAAUGCUCCCCGUGAGUUUUAUCAACAACUAAAUUGGUUUAUUGAACAGCAUGUACAAAAUCAUAUUACUACGUAUGAUAAGAUGGGGGAUGCUUUGGUUAGUAUAUGUCAUGAAAAAAGUGCCACAGCAAAGACUGCUGCCUUAAGUGACAAGGAAAUCAUGAGUACUGUGAGUGACAUCUUUGGAGCUGGGUUUGAAACAGUAUCAACAGUUCUAAAUUGGAGCUUUCUGUACUUGAUUUACUACCCAGAAGUACAAGCAAAAAUCCAUGAAGAAAUUGAUGGAAAUAUUGGCCUCAAACCACCCAGAUUUGAAGACAGAAAUAAUUUACCCUACACAGAAGCUUUUAUAAAUGAAGUCUUCAGGCAUACCACAUUCAUGCCCUUCACUAUCCCUCACUGUGCUACCACGGAUAGUACUCUCGGUGGAUAUUUCAUUCCUCGGAAAACCAGUGUGUUUUUUAACAUGUAUCAGGUAAACCAUGAUGAAACUCUUUGGGAGAAUCCUGACUCAUUCCAACCAGAGAGAUUUCUAAAUGAAAGUGGCAAGCUGAAUAGAAGUCUGGUUGAGAAAGUUUUGAUUUUUGGAAUGGGCAUUAGGAAGUGCUUGGGAGAAGAUGUUGCUCGAAAUGAAGCUUUCAUUUUUAUUGCCAGUAUCUUGCAGCAGCUAGAGUUGAAGAAAUGUCCAGGAGCUCAGCUAGAUUUGACACCUAUAUAUGGAUUAGUCAUGAAGACCAAACCUUAUCAACUCACAGUAGAGCCUCGCUUCCUCGGGAAUUCCUCAACUUAG